AUGCGCAGUCAGAACGGACUCAAGAAUGCAUCCGACCAUGCCCAGGCCUUGUCUGCCUACCUGUGCAAGGCGAGUCUUGGGCAGGGGGCAGCCUCGGGUGCGCUGCAGACCUGUCCGGAUGAGCUGUUGGGCCCCUGCCUGGCGCCCAUGCAGCCAGUGCUCUGCGCCUGUGCCGCCACCGACCCCGCCCUGCCGCUCGCGCUCUGCAAGGCCGUGGCGGGACACCGCCGGCUGACGGCCGCCGGCGCCGCUGCCUUCUAUGCCCUGCUCGCCGCGCUGGCGCCCUCCCUGCCGCCAGCGCCCCUACUGGCGCUCCUCGUCCCCUUACUCGGCGGCCCUGCAGCCCCCAUUUCGCUCCUGGACCGAGUGGAGUGCAGCCUGGCCGAGCUGCGACGGGCCUGUUGCCCCGUCAAGGACGCGGAGGCCUGCCUCCCCGCCCUCAACGCCCUGCGCCGGGCGGCCGCCGCGCGGCAGGCCGACGCGCCGGCGCUGAGCGCAAGGGAGGGCACUGUGCUGGCACGGGCGCUCCUGGUGCUGCCGCUCGUCGUGUACCGCGCGGCGGAGGCCGGGGCCAGCCCGCCCCCCCCGGAACGGCGCCAUGCGGCGGCCGCGGCCUGCGGCGUCGCCGUGAGGCUGCUGAGCUCGGGGCAGUGCAGCGGGCUGGAGGAGAUUCUUGUGGACCUGGACAUUGCAGUGUCCGCCCUGUGCGGCUGGGGAGGGCUGGCGCGGCUGUCUGAAGUCGCUGACGCCGAUCCAGACACUCUCGGGCAUGGUGCGCCUCCCGAGUCGCAGGAACUGGCCUGGCUGUCCGGCUGCCUGGCCGCCGCCCACAUCGCGAUGUCCUCCCACCCAGCCUCAGAACCUAGGAGUCGGGACCAUCCCAGACUGACACCAUCACCCAUCACUCUGCUCGUGUCGGCCGCCAGCGUGGCCCUGACCCGGCUGAGACUUUCGUGCGAGGACAAAGCAGCUGCCGCAACCUGCACAGCCCGGGCACGAGCCGACGCGGCGCGGCGGGUGCUGGAGCUGGCCCGAGCGGCUCCAGACGAGGGCUCUGCCGUGCUGCGCCAGGCCGCUGCAGCGGCCUUUGCCUGCUUCGUGCUGUGGGGCGGCGAGGGUGGGUCCCUGGGGCCGGAGGUCGCCGGCGCCGUCGGCGCGGCGUGGCCCGCGCCCGGCCUGCCGCACGCCGUUCUGACGGUCUUGGGUCGGCUGGGCGGUGGCAAGGCGGCCCAGACCGAGGCGUGCCUGCUCUUGGCGGGGCAGAGGGAGGAGGACGCCGUCGCGGUGGCAGCCUCCCAGCUCCUCCUGCAGGAGGUCUGGCCCGAGGAGGAAGGACUCCUGAACCACGCCGCAGCCGUGGCGCGGUGCGCCGCGGUUGGGGCCUUUCCGGCGCCCUACGACGCCGAGGAGGCCCUGGCGGGACUCCUGGCGCAGCUGGAGAAGGGUCACAAGGACGGGAAGGCACGCGCCCUGGCCGCCGAGCUGCGCGGCCUGCGCUGCUUGCUGGCGCUGCGGGAGCUGAUUCGCGCGGGGCUGACGCCUGGCGUGCCUGAGGUGCCGGCGGAGAGGCCCACCGAGGGAGAUUCUGGCCCGCCCGGCAGCUCAGCCGACUCACCAAGCGCGACCGUCGGCCCUGCCGUUCCGGACCUGCCAGCCUGGGCAGCGGCGAGGGCGUCCCUCGCCAUCGCGAUCGAGUCAUUUGAGGCGCCGGAGGCCCGCGAUGGUCGUGAGGGAGCCACUCGGUGUACUCGUUUGACGGUUCGAAGAGUGGCGCGCCUGCUGGCCUGGCUGGCGUCUGACGGCGGGCUGGCACUCUUUGACCCGGUGGAUGGGCCAGCGUACCUGGCUGGCGACGAGGACGGCAGCACGGGCGAGGACCAUGAGGAGGAGAGCGACGGCCAGGCGGAGGACAGCGACGGCGACGCCGGCCUGGCCUCUGGUGACGACGCCGGCCUGGCCUCGGGUACCGCUGCCACCGGCGCUCCCCGCCAGGCAGCGCAGCUGCGUCGGGCGGCUGCGCUGAGGUGGGCGGCGGAGCGGCACGCCCUGCGCUGCGACCAUGUGCUGGCGACGCGGUGCCUGGCGGACGCGCAGCGCCUGCUCAGUCCGCUGCUGUACGACGGCGGUGCGGGCGCCUGCGUGGGCGCCUGGUGCCGGGCCGCGGCGCUGGCAGUGCCCACGCUGCGCGCGCUGAGCCAGGGCUUCGACGCCCUGGGCCUGGCGGAGGAGGCGAGGACGGCGCUGCGGGAGGCGCAGCGUCUGCCGGCGGACGGCGCUGCAAAGAGACUGGGUCUGGCGCCUCGCACCGGAGCCCGGGAGGAGCGCGAGGCGCUGGCGCAGCUGGAGCGCGACUUCUCGCGCUCGCCGGCCACCGCCGCUGGCGCCAGCCUGGAGGCGCUCGCCCGAGGCCGACCCUCGGGCGCGGCAACCAGCCUGGGGGUGCAGGCCCUGUGCGAAGCCGCCUGCGCUGCGGCGGCCCGCGCCCUGGCCCCUCGCUCAGAGGGGCGCGUGGCGGUGUGGGAACUCGACCCGAUCCUCUGGCGUGCGGUCCUGCUGUCCUCCUCCCUCCCCCGCCUGCAUCGCCGCGCGCUACGCGCCGCCGCGCCGGUGCUUGCCGCCGCCGGCAAGCCCCACCUCGCCGCGCUCUGCGUGCACUGCUCGCUGGGCUGCGCCCUGGCCCAGCAGCGCGCGCUGGUGCAAGGGAGGCAGGAGAGGACGGCGGUGGACGGGGAGUCAGAGGACGCGGCAAGUGACCCCGCAAGCGGCGCCCGCCUGCCACUGCUCGGGCUGGACGGGGCGGCGCUGGCACGCCUGGCCAGGCUGACCGACGACUGCCUGGCCUGGCUGCUGCAGGGGGCCGAUGCAGUGCAAGAUGAGUCGGCGAACACACCGUUGCCCGACGCCACGACGCGCGCCUGGCGGGCGCUGUGGCACCUCCCCAAAACAUCCACCGCCGCCCCGGGCCUGCCCAGGCUCCUGGAGCGCCUGGAGAUCGAGGCGGCACGCCUCCUGGCCGAGGCCCUCCACCGCCUGGCCGGGCGCUCACACGCCGCACUGGCCAGCCUGCAGGUCUGGGGGUCUGGUGAGGAGGGCGCGGCGGGGUCCGCACCGCAGACCCUGCUCCUGUGCCGCCUGGAGCGCGGCGCGCCGCCCCUCAUGCUGGAGCUGCCCCUGCCGGAGAGGAGCGGGGGCACGGCGCGCGCUCUCGGCGAGGACCUCGACGGCGAUGCCGAGGGCGGCCCAGGGCCCCAGACUAGCCUCGUACAUCGCGGGGUGCAGGAGAUGGAGCGCAUCGCCGCGGCGUCCACGGCCAGCAUGCGCGACCUGCCCACCUCCACCCCCGCCCAGGCGCGCGCCUGCGUGCCCGGGCUGGAGCAGCAGAGCAUGUACCGCAUGCCGUCCCUGGCCGUGGCGCUGGCCAGCUGUCGGGCAGCUUCGGAACCGCGGCGGCUGGACCCGCGCGACGCCUUCUUCAGCCUCAAUCCCUCGGGCGACCUGGGGGACACCCAGCAGGCCCUGGAGCCCCUCUUCCUGCGCCAACCCACCUGGAAGGCAAGCGAGGGGGGUGACAGUGACCGGCCGCCGGCCGCUGCCGAGCUGGCCGAGGCGCUCCAGACGCGCCAGCUCUUCGUCUACUGCGGCCACGGCAGCGGCGAGCAGUACCUGCCAGCCGCGCGCCUGCGCACGCUGCGCUGUUCCGCGGCAGGCCUCAUUAUGGGCUGCUCCAGCGGGCGCCUUCGCCCCCCCGCAGCCGCCGGGGACGAAGCCCAGGGCGCCGUCCUGGCGUACCUCCUUGCAGGGUGCCCCGCCGCCACUGCCAACUUGUGGGACGUGACCGACAAGGACAUUGAUCGGUUCACCGCCGCGGUACUGGAGGACUGGCUGGAGGCUCCAGGGCGCGAGCCUGGGGCCGCGGUGGACGUCGCCGCCAGCGUGAACGCCGCGCGCGGGCGGUGCCGCCUGCGUUACCUCAACGGCGGCGCGGCCGUCACCUACGGCCUGCCCACCCUGGUCGGGUGA